AUGGUUGAUAAAAAAACAUUUAAACAGGGUUUGGCUUCCGGGUACAUUGACAGUAAAGGCGCAGUUUUCGGUGGCGAGAGUGUUGAGGUACAGGGAGAAAAGGAAGAACCGAAAGUUGGAAACGAGACAAAGGGUCAAAGGCAGGUUCGCCAAACGGACAACAAACACUCCCAAAUGGUCACACUCGGUAAGCAUGCAACGCCACAGUGGCGUAACAAACAAACACCAUCAAAUUCGGACACCAUCGAAUUCGGGACAUUCCGUCAUCUCACCACACUUCCAAAUUCCCAACCCAUUCCUCUUCUCAAUUAA